AUUUGAUUGCUUUCUCAGUUCUAAUUACAUGUUCAUAUAAAUAAAAUCCAAAAUGAAAGUGAAAGAUACAACACAAAUUUUACAAAAUAUAAGAAGGGUGAUGAUCAGUGGAGAAUGCUCUUCUGCUCCACUGGAAGCAAUCAUCAUUCCAUCAUCAGAUGCACAUCAGAGUGAAUAUCUUGCUCCAUGCGAUUUAAGAAGAAAUUUUGUGUCAGGAUUUACAGGCUCUGCUGGAACUGCGGUCAUUACGCAAGAGAAAGCAGCUUUAUGGACAGAUGGGAGAUACUUUCUUCAAGCAGAGAGAGAACUUGAUAAUAGUUGGAUGUUAAUGAGGAUUGGAGUGAAAGAAACUCCAUCAAUUGAAGAUUGGUUGAAUUCAACACUGCCACCCAAAUCAAACGUUGGUGUCAAUCCAUUAUUGUAUGCAAACAGAAGCUGGAAUGCCAUGAAAAAGAAGUUACAGGUGAAAGGUCAUUCUCUCUUAGCAACGAAGAGUGAUGUCGUUGAUGCAAUAUGGAAAGAUAAGCCUGUGAAGCCGUACAAUGCUCUGAUUUUAUUGGAUGACGAGACAACUGGUAUGUCAAUGGGAGAAAAAAUUGCAUCCCUGCGCGAUAAAAUGCUGCAGAAUUCUACAAAGUGGCUCAUUCUCACAGCGCUUGAUGACAUCGCUUGGGUUUUAAAUAUGAGAGGUUCUGAUGUUGAGUUUAAUCCAGUUUUCUUUGCUUAUUUGAUAAUUGGAGAAUCCUCUGUAGAAGUUUUCAUCGAUAAAAACCUUGUUACCGAAAAAGUUUCCACUCAUCUUAACUCCCAAGUUAAAAUCAAUGUUCAUGAUUACGACUUUGCUUUGGAAUUUAUUCAGCAGCAUUGCGCAACUGCUGAUGUCUGGCUAACCAGUGGUUCAAGCUAUGCAAUUGUCUCUUCAAUCAAUGAAAACCACAGGGUCAUGGCAGCUAAUAGUCCAGUUGCUUUAAUGAAAGCAAUAAAGAAUAUGAGGGAGAUUAAAGGUAUGAAGGCUGCAAAUGUUAGAGACGCUGUUGCUCUAUGUCAGUAUCUACACUGGCUUGAAACUGAGGUCGUGAAAGGUGGUGUAACUGAAUGUUCGGCUGCGAAAAAAUCCCUUCACUUCCGUCAGCAGCAAGAUAAAUUUGUCAGUCUCAGUUUUGGCACAAUAUCUAGUUCUGGGUCAACUGGAUCGAUCAUUCACUAUACGCCGAGCGAAGAUGCUGAUAGACCAGUAACAGCAUCUGAAAUCUACCUCUGUGAUUCAGGAGCACAGUACUUGGAUGGUACAACUGAUACCACCAGAACGGUACACUUUGGAAAUCCAUCAGAGUAUGAAAAAGAAUGCUUUACAAGGGUAUUGAAAGGCCAUAUUGCCUUAGCACUUAUAGUAUUCCCUGCUGGAACAAAAGGCUACAUGCUUGAUACUUUGGCAAGGAUGCAUCUCUGGAAAGCGGGAUUGGACUACAUGCACGGGACAGGACAUGGAGUUGGGACUUUUCUCAACGUCCACGAAGGUCCUGUAGGAAUAUAUAUUGGCAACAGCAGCAGGGUAGUACAGGUUGCCAGUGAAACAGAGUUAGCUCCUGGAAUGAUCAUCACUGACGAACCAGGAUAUUAUGAAAAUGGAAAAUUUGGGAUCAGGAUUGAAAAUGCCCUUCUAUGCACAAAUGCCCAAACUGCGUACAAUUUCGCUGGAAAGAAGUUCUUCAAAUUUGAGCCCAUCGCCUAUGUUCCGAUCCAGAAAAAAAUGAUCAAGAAAGAGCUCUUAUCUGGCGAUGAAAUUCAAUGGUUAAAUGAUUAUCAUGCGAGGUGCCUUGAAAUUGUUGGUCGUGAGCUGAAAUCUCAGGGACAUACAGAAACCCUCAAGUGGUUGGAGCAACAAACUACGCCUGUUUAAAAUAAUGAACUGCUCUCUUUACCAAAGUUCAACAUAAUUAUGUUUGUUAGCAAUUUUCUCUCAUUUGAUGACAUUACAUAAUUUUAAGCAAUUUAUUUUUUAGCCUUUUUAUUGUAUCCACCUCUUAUAUUCUAUUUUCAAUUUGCUAAUAUUUGAUUUAAAAUAUAUGACCAAUAAAUAGCAAAUGUUAACUUGUUGUCAUUGAGA